AUGGCGGACGAAAAUCGCUCGGUUGUGCUGAGGAUAAAACGUAAGAGAACAGAGGACCCAUUGGAUGCACUACGUAAGUAAUCAAGUUUUCUCGUGUUUACUCCAUAUAACCUCCCAUGUUCUUUUUUCUAAGUAAGAAGAACAACUUCUCUUUCCAAAGUAUGUAUCUUUUGUUUCGGUGCUUACUAAGAUCAGAAGAAGUUGCUCUCGCAGUUGUCAAAUUUAAGCUUAAAUAACAAAUGCAGAGAUCAAGUCAAACUAUAUUCGUAUCAUUCUCAGCUCUUGAAGCCUUUUAACGAACAACCUAACAACUAGUUUUAUCAGGUUCGUUCCCACUGCUUGGGCUUAUUACAUACAUGCAUGUAAUGUAUCGGUCAAAUCGAAGCUUCAACAUCCCCCCCCCGGGCAACCCCCCGGGCAUUUGCCUUUUUUGAAAAUUAUUGUUCAAAUUCUUCCGUACCCGGGCCAAAAUGCCAUUCAAAUGACCCACACUAGGGUCCAUUCAGGUGAUCAAAUGCCCCCACCCCGGGGACAUUUCAUGGGCACAAAAAUGACAGAAGGACGGCAGAAACGCCUUCAGUUGUCAAACAAAAUCUUUAAGAAUAUAACAAAAACUGAGAAACACUGUUAGUGUAUUUACUACAAACAAAAAUCUCGUGCAAAGCGGCGGAAAUCGCUGCUACAAGGUCACUGAAUGCUCAGCUUUUCUUUGUCAUGCAAUGAACAUACAAAGCAUUCUAUAAAAAAAGAUCCCACCUAUUGAGAUUACUACAUCAUGACCAUUUCUUUUACUUGCAUCAUCAUCGCUCACCUUAUUAAUUAACAUACUUGCAGUAGGUCAAAGUAGUUGACCUGAGCUUUUUAUUUUAUUUUAUGUUGUUGUAUUGAAUUGCCAGUGUAGGUAUUGUAUUUCAUUGUAAACACAACAAUAAAAUACAUUCAUGAAUACAUUCAAAGCCUGAAUCCAAUGUUAAAAAUUUUAAAAUUUAAAUACUUCAAAUACGGCACAAAGCUUGUUUAAGCCUUUUCCUCGUAACCAAUUUAUUGGCCACAAAGGCACAAUCUUUUCCACGAAAAUCCUCUAACAGCCCUCCCCCAUAAUAGCUCACCAUGCCAAAGAUUUUACUUGAUAUUGAGGGUGCAGUUCAGUUUGGUGAGAGCGCUCGCCUCCCACCAAUGUGGCCCAGGUUCAAAUCCUAGUGUCGACACCAUAUGUGGGUUGAGUUUGUGGUUGGUUCUCUCCUUUACUCUGGGAGGUUUUUCUCUGGGUACUCCGGUUUUCCCCUCUCCUCAAAAACCAACAUUUCCAAAUUCCAAUUCGACCAGGAAUCAGGUAGACAAAGAACCACUUUGUUGAUGUGCUACCUUCAAAUCAUUAUUUAUUUAUUUACUUAUGUAUUCAUUUUUUUUUUAUCUAAUGAAUCACUCUUGCUUGUUGCAGUUGUUGCUCAAGUUUUUAAGAAACCACACAUUGAAAAGGUGGAAGGUAGUGACAAGGACAAUGAAGAAGUGGAUAACAGUAAACUUAACCCAACUAGUGAGUUUCUUAGAUACAUAUAUAGGUACAUUGAUGUGUGGAAGAAAUAACCACUUUCUACAUACAUUUAUAAAUGUUCCUACGCAGUAGUCUUCAGUGGAGAGUCAAUGUACUACUCUCAAUGUAAUCUCUCAAAAUGUUGGGUAAUUAUUUAUUACUUUAUUGAACUUACUGAACGGUACGGUUCGAUUAAAUUUGGUAAUCGAACACAAUAAAACCAGAAAUUUGCAUUACAGAUUUGAUUUUUGAACUCAAAGAUUUUGUAGAGUCCUUUUUGCUUGCAAAGAAUCGGGAAAACAGCAACAAAAUCAGCAGAGAAUCAAUAAACAAUCAGCUGAAACAAAGAAUAGAUUGACUGUAGUUAAACUAAAAGAUAAUCCAUGAUCCAGCACUGUUAAUCUUAUAAUGAGCCUUGCUAAUAUUAUAUACUGUAAAAUUCCGAAAAUAAGCCCCUCCAUGUAUAAGCCCCUUCAAACAUAAGCCCCCCAAAAUCGUAACGCAAAAAACGCAAAAAACUCUGUUAAAUUGUCCCUCCGAAUAUAAGCCCCCCGGGGGGCUUGUACUUGGAAUUUGCCCUCGAAUACAAAGUAAAACAAAGCAAAAAUGGUGAAUUUCCCUCCCACUACAAGCUAGCCCAAUCGAUUUUGAAAUGCAAAUUUGCCUCCGUACAUAAGCCCCUCUGAAUAUAAGCCCCUCCAAGGUAGUCAACUCACCACAAAGUUAUGUAACAACUGGUAGGGCAUUGUAAUAAAAUGAAACAAAGCUAAUUUUCAACAGUAAUUUUGUUGUUGUUGUUAUUCCCCUAAUCUGAUACUUGAGCUGAUACUUUGUGGAUUUCAAGACUCUGAACAAACUGGGCAAGUCAAGCACCAAGUUUUGUUUGACCUAACACGCUAGCAAAAUGACUGAAGGUGUCAAGGGAACAGGACGUUAGGGAAACCACUGAUUGGUGAAAUGACCAGUCAUCUGUAUAAUAUCCCAAUUUUUGUGAAAUUAAAUGUAUGCCAACUCUGACAAUUGAUCCUAAUCAAAGUUAAUCAAAGUUUGAUUAGGUUCCAUUACAAAAUUUUUUUGUGAGAGUUUAUGUGCGUCCAGUUACCGAACUUAAUUGAACCUUCGUGUUGGUUCAAGCUCGAUUUAUUUUGAUUAUGUCAAGGCCCUGCAAGGGGAGUAGCGGUGUAGCACCCUUUUUAAUACCAUGUCUCUUAACCAAUGACUGCAAAUGACGCUAUCACUUCAAGGUAUCUAAUAGUUUAAAGUGUCUAUAGUCUUUAAAAUAAUGUGAGGUGGUGGCUCUGAUGGUCUUUAGAAUCUGUGUUUCUUGUCAUUAUCUUUCCAGACCUACAUGGUCUUUGACCGUUGGUGUCUGGAUUUCAGUAGAAAUAUUAACAAAUCGGUUGAUCAUUAGAUAUACCAAAGCUGUAUGUGGUGCAGUUGAAUUGAAAGUGUUGACUUGCUGAAAAAAGUCUAACAGUUUUGGUACAAAUACAAUAAAGCUGCAUUCCUAGGUGCACAGACUUUAAUUGAAAUAUUUGCACUUGAAUUGAGGCACUUCGCUGGGGUGUGCAUAGCUGAACAGUCAUAAUACUUAGUCUGUACCUCUCAUUAUUUCAGUGAGGAUGACCUUUAUUUAUCAGGACUGGAUUUCAUAAGUAAAAUCAAAUAAACUCUACUUUUGAAAUUAUUCAAGAUUAACAUCUUUCAUGGUAGCCUCAUUUGAAGAAACAUAUGUUGAUUUAGUUACCACCUGAAACGAGUUACAAACAGGUGAAAAUACCAAACCAUUAGCGGCUGUUGGUUUCAGUCUCACUAGUCUGGGGUUUGGACGAGUAUGUUGGCAGUAUCAGCUCAUUUCCUUUAGCUUUAGACCUUUUACUUUCAAUACAGUGUACGUGCAUUUCCCUUGCCAAUGACAUGAUUGCGGUGGAGCUGCCAAUCAAUCAAUCAACUUUAAUAAAGGGUAAACACAUAAUAGCAGAAGCUGAUAAACCAGUGGCCCUCCAACUAAACUAACUAACCUAAAAAUUACAGAUAUAUAUUUACAAUAAUGCUCAAAAAUAAUUAUUUAUAUCAAUAUAAGAAUCAGUAAAAUAAGUUCUCACAUAACAGCAAGCGCUGAUAAGCCAGUGGCCCUCAACUAAAUUAACUUACCCAGCAAUACAAUGCUGCUGGCAAAGCCGGUGAGAAGAAUGGAGUUAGACUAUCCUGCACGGCUGUGAAACGCUGUUGGGAAGAUAGAUAUAAGCAUCGUCCAAGACUUUUCAGAUGUUUACUUGGUGAUCAUUGAGCAUACUCUGGUUUCCAGGAGGUAAUAAGACUUGGUCUUUUGAUCAAUGUUUAAUUCACAAGUUAUCAGUAAUAAAUAAUAUUACUAUUUUGAGUGCAGUGACAAUCUCGUCCCCAGGGCUUUCUGUAAGAAAAUAGCCGGAACCUGCUACAUAGACUGGGGAGGAGAUUGGUGUAGUGGAGUGUAGGAAGACACCUGCACUGUGGUUACUCUUAUUCAUGCGCUUGUAAAAGUUUCUGUACCAUUUUAUUCUUACUUUUUCAGGUAAUUUAUACAGUCUCCACUUAUUUGUGAAGUUUUCCGUCAUUUUUUAACUUUUAAUAAUUAGUAUGUACUUGAUGGAUAAGAAAUUAUUUCUCAUUUAAAUAUCUUGAUGUAAUUUUUAGUUGAGCGAGUUUUCAAGUUUGUUGGAAGUGUACCUCAAGGAGAUGUUGUCAAAAAGAAAGACUUACUGGUGAGUAAAAGAUCACUUAAAAAUUUUUUUUUUGAAUUAUUUAAGCAGUUAGUGUGGACCAUUGUUGACUGUUUCUCUCAUGUGUCAAAGUUAUGGUUUUCCAUUGUUGUUUUGUUAAGGUCAAGAUUCAGAAACAGUCUGGAAGCCAUGAACACCUAGCAAAAUCUCACAUUCAUGAUCAUCAAACAAUACAAGAAAGGCUGCGGCAAAAGAAAAAGGUACACUUUACUUUUACUCUUGAGCUGAGUGUGCUGUCUCUCUCAAGUUGCCUUUAAUCAUAGUUUUUACCAGCCCAAGUUUGCAUGGCAGUAAAUUGCUUUUCUGAGAUUAUUGGCUAUAGUUUUCCAGCCAUAUUGUUUUGAACUGGGGUAUGAGUGACGCAAGGGGUCCCUGUGCUAGUUUCUAGGUCAACCUAAAAAUCUUGGGCAGGAUUGAACUCUUUUCUCAUGUAAACUUUCUUUUGUUUAAAUUUGCACAGCUGAGUGAAAACAAUGCAUUGAUAUUAGCAAACAUGUUUCAAAUUUUAUCAGUGCUACCUGGUUAUGAAGAUUUAGCCAGGUGAAUCAAAAUUACUGGAGAAAUAUUUAUUUAGUGAAUAAUAUUUACCAGUAUAUGGUAACAAAAACAAAAAAAUGCAGUUCUAUACACUAAGCAGUUGACUCCAUUAACAUAUUCAUACUGUUCUGAGUAAUUCUCCAAGGACUGCUGACCCCUAAGUCUAACAUCGUGCUACAAAACCUGGGAUAAUUCAUGGUGCUGAUUUGUCCAAUACAUACUGUACACUGUACAUGUAACCUAUCACUUUAACCUAUUCACAUCCACUUGGCACCAAAUGUUGGUUGUUUAAGCAAUCAGGCAGUAAUUUAUGUUACAUUGUUAAAUAAUUGAAUGUCCAUUUACAUUCAAACAACAUAUAUGGAUAGAACCAUGUUCUUUUCCCCUAGCUUUUAAAUCAGGAAUCAAGAUUUAAGGUUAUUUCUUCACACAGAGAGAAUGAAGUGGAGUCAUCCAGGUGUGGUUACAUUACAUUUUUCAGUUAUUUAAUGAUCUGCCAUACCUUUGUAAUUAAGUUUAGAGUUCAUCAUUUGUUUUCAACCUUCCAUGGUUCCAACCUUGUUAAUUAUGUUACUUUUUCAAGGUGCAUUUCAAAAAUAAUUUGCUUAAAGUCAUGCUAGAAACAGCAAUGUCAACUGAUUUUGAGUCAUGUUUUAUUACAAAAAGUAGCACAAAUAUAGUUGUACUCACCAUGUCAAACAUUGGUACAAGGUUGUUUUUUUUGAGCUGUGGCCUCGUGUUAAACAACACUUGUUCAUAAAGCUCUUUACAAACAAGAAACAGUGCCCAUGAGGUUAUACAUUAACAUGCAAGUGGGAUAUGAUUUACUACCCUUGUUAUGUCAAAAAUUCAUUAGCCCUGCUCUUCUUUUAAAACCAUGACCCAGCUUUUCAGGCAAUGUUUUGGGAACUACAUUAGAUAUUACCCUCUCAAAGAAGAAAGGAAUAAAACCUCAUGUAAAAUUAAUCACCAGGGAUUAAAUUCUUUAACUAAGUGAAGCAAAAACAAACUCUCCUUGACUUAAUGUACUAUUAGACAAAUAAAUUAAAUUUUCUGAUAAUUGUUUUGCCUUGUUAUAGACCAAGCUUGAGGUCAAGAUGACUGGAUAUUGGCCAAGUUCUUUUUUGUGCUUUUAUUGACAGAGAUGAAGCUGAGGUCAAGAAAAACACAAAAAAGAACAAGGCUAUUAUUCACCUUGAUCUAACAAGCUUGAUUAAUAAAGGAUUUAUUAAUGGCCAAAAAGAGAACGUUUACUUGGGGGAAGAACAUGGUAAAUUCCAAGCAGGCAAGAUUGGCCCAUCUUGCUUGUUUGGGUUGCCAAUCAGAAUGCAAGAUUCACUUCACCUUGCCUGCUCAUGGAUUUAGAGACAUAGAUAUGAUGUUAUUACCUUUGCUCAUUUACAAGCUAACAAAAUAUCAUGGUCUUACUUGGAAAAGGAGAAUUCCGCAUUUCCUGAAACCAUGACCUUCCUGAAAGCAUAGUGUUCUGACCAGCUUCAUUCCGUUCAUGGGUUUGAUUGCUGUUGGAAAAUUAUAAUUUUUUCCCGAGCUAGACAGUGUUAUUCCAUUCACACUCAUUUAGUUAAUUUUGUUUUUUUUGCAGCCAUUUAGUUGGUACCAGUGGGAUGUGUCAAGAAUCUGAUAUUUGCAGUGUUGAUCAGUCUGAGGAACUUGGUGUUGAAGAUGAUGUGGAUCUUGAGGUUCAGAGACUGUUGAGUGUUUACGAUUUGGUGAAAGACGAUGAAUCACGUGACAGGUUAAGAAAGUUUUUGAAAACUCGUAAAAAGGCUUUAUACGCCCUUUAGGAAAUCUUUGUUUACAUUUUUUGCCUCUUUUUAUCAUAUGCUUGUCAUCAUUCUCUGAUUAAGCUAUCAAAAUAACACUUUCGAAUAUUGAAAGAGCCACUAAGUUCUUGCAGCACAUCUUGCAUGUUACAAUGGCAUCUUUUAAAUGUCAACAUAAGUAUUAUGGCAGAAAGUGUAAAUCAUAACAUCACAACACAUUUCACAUGGCAUGAAAAAGCAAAAAAUAUUUACAAAAUUAUANACAAAAAAGAACAAGGCUAUUAUUCACCUUGAUCUAACAAGCUUGAUUAAUAAAGGAUUUAUUAAUGGCCAAAAAGAGAACGUUUACUUGGGGGAAGAACAUGGUAAAUUCCAAGCAGGCAAGAUUGGCCCAUCUUGCUUGUUUGGGUUGCCAAUCAGAAUGCAAGAUUCACUUCACCUUGCCUGCUCAUGGAUUUAGAGACAUAGAUAUGAUGUUAUUACCUUUGCUCAUUUACAAGCUAACAAAAUAUCAUGGUCUUACUUGGAAAAGGAGAAUUCCGCAUUUCCUGAAACCAUGACCUUCCUGAAAGCAUAGUGUUCUGACCAGCUUCAUUCUGUUCAUGGGUUUGAUUGCUGUUGGAAAAUAAUAAUUUUUUCCCGAGCUAGACAGUGUUAUUCCAUUCACACUCAUUUAGUUAAUUUUGUUUUUUUUGCAGCCAUUUAGUUGGUACCAGUGGGAUGUGUCAAGAAUCUGAUAUUUGCAGUGUUGAUCAGUCUGAGGAACUUGGUGUUGAAGAUGAUGUGGAUCUUGAGGUUCAGAGACUGUUGAGUGUUUACGAUUUGGUGAAAGACGAUGAAUCACAUGACAGGUUAAGAAAGUUUUUGAAAACUCGUAAAAAGGCUUUAUACGCCCUUUAGGAAAUCUUUGUUUACAUUUUUUGCCUCUUUUUAUCAUAUGCUUGUCAUCAUUCUCUGAUUAAGCUAUCAAAAUAACACUUUCGAAUAUUGAAAGAGCCACUAAGUUCUUGCAGCACAUCUUGCAUGUUACAAUGGCAUCUUUUAAAUGUCAACAUAAGUAUUAUGGCAGAAAGUGUAAAUCAUAACAUCACAACACAUUUCACAUGGCAUGAAAAAGCAAAAAAUAUUUACAAAAUUAUAUUAAUUUUAUAUAUAUUAUAUUAUUAAUUUUUCCUUGCUUUACUGGGUCGAGUUUGUUAAGAAUUUGCAAGGAGUUCGAAAAAGGAUUUGGUUAUUUCACAUACUUAGAAUAAGGAAAGCAAUUAUUCCUCCCAGUGUCACCACUAUUCACCUUGAUAUUAUGUGUCAUGCUUCAACCAGCAGAGAAAAGAGAGAAGAAAGAAAAGAAAGAAAAAGGCAGCAGUCAGAGGAUGUAAAUGCGAUCCUUUGCAACUCUGUUAAGAUGAUUCGUGAAAAGUUAACAGUGUCUGAAGGUAGGUUGUUUGAUUUGUCAUUCACUCUCUGUAUCCUUGAGAAGAAUACCUUCCCCAAUAUUUUAUGGUGGGUCCCCUAGGUGCGAAGGGUUGAUUCAUCAGCAUCUUUCUUAUAUUGUUGUUCUUUUUUCAGAAUCUAAAACAGAAGAGACAGCAUUGGAGAAGGAGGGAUAUGUUUAUGACUUUUAUUACGCAAGUGAUAAUUAUGGAAGGCUUGGUGAUAUGUAAGUGAUGAGCUGAAUAUAGUUUUACAGUCAGUUCUCUAUUUGCAUAUCUCCCACAAUACAUCUUGUUUGCCCCCAAAAUUUUAUAUGAGCUAUUGUCUUUUGGGACACGACUGUAGUACCCCCAGGUAGCAGUUGAUUGAAGGCUGAUGAUCAGUGCUAAACCUUGGGGUCAAAUAUUAAUCAGAGUUUUGUUUUCUUACGUUCAAAACUUUUUCUUGGACAAAUUUUUCUACUCGUUUAGAGCAUCGAAAGAACGAAUAAAUGAAUUUAGUGGGCCAUUGAACGGCUUACUCGAUCGUAUGUGUUGUUGAUUUUUUAUCUAUGUCCUCCCCAAUUCUGUUUCUUUUUUGUUGUUUCUAAAGUAUUGUAAUUCUUGUUAGUUGUAUUGCUAAUUUUCUUUUUUUUGUUCUGGUCCUCGUAGUGGAGCCUGUUCUGUGAGUGAUCCAGGCCUCUUGGCGAAGUUUAUAAAUAAAUAAAUAAAUGAACGAAUUCAACUUAAGUUUCAUUAAGCUGUCAUAUCUGAAUUCAUAUUUUGCACUAACCCUGGGUUACCCUGACCCAUCUUUGAACACUCUGGCCAUGCAGAAAAAAAAUAAGGUUAUACAAGAUUUAGGUGGGGGUGGGGUGGGGGGGGGGCAAACAUAACAAGGUGAAUUUAUAGAGAUAUGCAAACAGCGAAUUGGUCUGAACUGAUUGAUUUCCACGCCUGUACGUAGGAACUCUCGUCUUUCAGUUUAGGUGUCUCUGUUGUUCAUUCAUGGUCUUAAAACAGGAAGCCUAUUUUGUAUUAUUCUUUUUACGUAUCAUAGUUACUUUAUCUUGUAGUGUUGAGGUUUUGCCUUUUGAUCCAGACCUUGUUCAUGAAGCUCUUCAAGAAGAUUUUGAUGAAAUUUAUGAUGACGAAGAUGACUCUAAUGGUUGGUAAAUGGAAUUUAAUGUCGGGAAUAUUUAAAAGCUGUAAUUGUUUGUGCUGUUGUUUGUCGAUUCUCAGACCUUUCCUUUAAUUCAUUCUGGGCUGAACGAACAUCUAUAACAUACAAAAGUGAUACUCACGCUGACGUCACCUAGUGAUAGGUGUGAUGUGCCAACCAGAAGCGCAUUGGUUCUUAAAACAAAAGAUUCUAUUGUUUCACUUGUUACAAAUUUUAAUAACAAUAACAAUGCAUGUCAACAGUGAUGUCUCUUUUCAAACAGAACUUUAACUUAGGUCAAACUAUCAAGUCUUGAGUAUAGAUUGGUUGACUCCAACAGUGUGGCUUCAUUGAAUCUCUGAGAAUUGUUUUGGAAUUAUUCUUUGUUGCAGACGAAAGUAACUGGCGAAAUGAUUACCCUGAUGAGGACGAAGGUCUGUCAGACUCGUCACAAGAGAGAAGAUUUUAUGAAGAUUAUGGCUUUGAUUCUGGUAAGCAGCAAAACUCAAUCUUUUUCAAGCUAUUAGGGAGGAAAUAUAUGGCUAAUAAUCAUCAUUGUCAUCACCUUUAUUAUCUUCAUCAUCAUCAUCAUCAUCAUCAUCAUCUAAUCACUUGGGAUGUAAAGUUAACUUGUUCAAAGACUCUAAAAGGGCUUAACAAUGUUGUUUUUUAGAUGAAGGAUACAGAAGAUAUGCUUUUGACGAGGAUCUUUCGGAAGAUGAUGACUGACCUGAAAAACGGUUUCUGGAAAACGAAGAAUUGGAAGUCGUAUGGACAACACUGCAUGACUUGAAAGCAAUGCCAAUUCACUCUGCAAAUUACACGCAUUGAUCAGAAUUAACUCUACAUUAAUUCUUGCACCCGAGGUAGUAGGAUAUCAUCGCGUCUGAAUGAGAUCACACUUGUAGAGCGAAAAACAGCAGCCAUUCUGCAGUGUAUAGAGGACAUUAUCAAUGUUAAUGCGCGAAUGAGCGCCCCCUCCCACCCUAGAGGCUCAAAAUUAAUGCCCAAGCUUCCGCCAGAGCGAGAACAGACGGUAAAGUGAAAAGGAGACUACGGAUUUGUGUUUCUUCCUACAGAUACGUUUUAGUGUAGUUUGACAGUCCCCGUGUACUUGAAAUAAAUUAAGGUUGUUAUUAUUUAGGUUCUAAAUUUGAAAAAAAGAACGUCUCCUGUGGACUAAAAGUAUUUGAUAAGCGCGGCUCGGGUACUAACUUGCACAUUUCAGUUGAGUUAGGAUUGCUGUUAAGCAAAAGAAACAUAAUGUACAUUCUAAAAGUCCCUACUCUUUGUCUGGUGCAUUUUCAUUUGUGUUCCAAGUCUUUUAAUAAACGAUAGAAACCAGUGUUGACGAGAGAGUAUCCCUAGCCUCUGCUUAGGGCCAACCCGCACUAGCAGACAAAUUUGGAAUUGUUUUUGAAAAAUCUAAACCAAAAAUUGCAUGGUGACAAUUUUUGUUUUGAAAAAAUUUAUUCGCACUGGAAACUGUUCACUCUUAACAGGCAGUCGCAUCUAUCAUUACUUAAUGGAAAGAAUAAUGGCUUUAGGGUUAGGGGCCUUUGAAGAUUGUCCCGUCUGAGACAAAACUUCUUAAAAAUAGCGACA